ACCCUCGUCGUCCACCCGCCUCCUCUCCUAAACCUCCCGCGAAACCGAAACAGACGUCGCGGCGGUCGCUGCUGGCGAAGCAUCGACGGGAUCACGGUGGUGUGCCCGAAACCCGUUUUUAAUGCCCCUUCCGUUCCUAGCCGAAGCCGUCGACGUAAAAGAAGCAAGAGUCGCGAUGGGAGCUCGCUGCAUCGACGGGAUAGCGUAUUCUUUGUGUUCGUCUAAAUCAUUGAAUCCGCUGAACAGCAGGAUUUAGUAAAUCUUGGUUUAGAGCGAAUCGGAUGUAAACCGAAAUUUGAAAAAAAAAGCUUUAAGGUUUAUUUUGAACAAGCUGACCGCUUGGCAGGAUUUACAGUAAAUCCUGCUACCAAACAGCUACCAAGGCUACAGUGUAUCUUAUUUGUCAAAGCCUCGAUUAUAUUCGCAAUAUUUUUCCUUGCGAGCUUUCCUAUUGCUGGAUAAUUACGAUGCUGUAUAUUGUUGGUCUGGGUCUUGGGGACGAGAGAGAUAUUACAAUCAGAGGUCUCGAAGCUGUGAAAAGCUGCAAGAAAGUCUACAUGGAGGCCUACACUUCUCUUCUUUCCUUUGGUCUCUCCUCUGAUGGUCUCUCCAGAAUGGAAAAGCUAUAUGGAAAGACCAUCACUGUUGCUGACAGAGAGAUGGUAGAAGAAAAGGCUGAUGAAAUAUUGACAGAAGCUUCUAAAUUUGAUGUUGCUUUCUUGGUAGUUGGGGAUCCCUUCGGAGCAACAACACAUUCUGACUUGGUUGUCCGUGCAAAGAAGUUGUCAGUGGAAGUCAAAGUGAUCUAUAAUGCAUCAAUAAUGAAUGCGAUUGGGGUUUGUGGUUUGCAACUGUAUCGUUAUGGUGAAACUGUAUCCAUACCUUUCUUUACAGAGACAUGGAGACCAGACAGCUUUUAUGAAAAAAUUCAGAGAAAUAAAGAGCUUGGAUUGCAUACUCUUUGCUUAUUAGAUAUACGUGUAAAGGAACCUUCAAUCGAGUCAUUAUGCAGGGGAAGGAAGUGUUUUGAACCACCAAGAUUCAUGACGAUCAACACUGCUAUAGAGCAACUCUUGGAAGUAGAGGAAUCACUUGGAGUAUCUGCUUACGGUGAAAAUUCAAGAUGUGUUGGUCUUGCUCGCCUUGGCUAUGAGGAUCAAAUGAUCGUCGCCGGUUCCAUGAAAGAACUGCUUGACGUUGAUUUUGGUGCACCUCUUCAUUGCCUUGUGAUUGUCGGCCAUACUCAUCCUGUGGAAGAAGAGAUGUUGGAGUUCUACUCAAUCAAGUAAAAGUUCCAAGUUCUGCAGCUUCAUAGCUUUGUAUGGCUUUUUACUGAUAUUGGUUUGCCAAUUAUGUGGCCUGUAUUUUCUGCCUGUUGUAUCAUAAUUUAGUUUAGUCAUAAUGAUAUUUUAUUUCAUCGUAUAUGUAAAGACAAGUCAAAUCAGCAUGGAUUAUGUUAAAGAAAUGUAUUUAUGAAAAUAAUUUGAAUGGGAGAUGCCUGAUAAAUUUGUUUGUA